AGCGUAGUGCGAAGGCCAUCCUGCCUAUUGGGGAGGCUUUGACUUUUGCCGAGCUGCCGACCGUACACUGGCGAACCGGUGCCACGCCGCUUCUCAGUAGCCAACGAGAAUCGACCCGUUUCGGUACGGCUUGUUAGCAAACGCUGGUGCGUGGGCCCCCCCGUUCGCCAAAUUGAACGCUCUUCCGGAGUGCGGUUUUUCCUUUCCGCUUGAGCUGGAAAUAUAUUACACGUGUACGAGUGUGACGUCUUACCUGCCACUGGAUGGAUAAUCGAAAGCAGCAACAGCAGCCCAUGUGUGUGUGUGUGUGUGUAUUAGUUCAAAGGUUUCGAAACAGUGUGUGGUGAACGUUAUGAAGCAGCAGUGAGCGGAAAAAAGGAGCAGCGACGAAAACAACCGGGCGGCUCCAUUCUUCCCACCCCGAUAGGUCACAACGAAAAUGGCCCAUUUUUGAUUAUUUUCUGUUUGCCUCGCCCAAAUAAAAAAACAAGACGUGUGGAAAACUUUACACCACACACUGGUAGGCUGCUCUCGAUUGGUCUGUGCCAACUACAGCUUCUGCCACGAAAAAGCCGCCCGGAUCGAAGUAGGCUUGUGAGCCGUGUGCGUAUAGUGCUUGCUUCUUGUGCGCCAGUGUGCUUAGAGACACCCGGCAGUGAGCAUCGCUAGUGGCUCGGACGAAAAAAAAAAGGAACAAGAAAUCAUCCUUUUCAGCCUACUUGAGGCCGACGGAUGCUGGCUGAGAAAGUGAGGGGAGGGAAAUAAUCGAAAAGGUCACCGAAAACAUCCAACCAAUAUAAAAACCAGCAACAAGAACAACAACAACAACAAAAGGUCGAGGUUUGAGCUUGGCCCCCCCUCGCCGCCCGGCCCAGACAAUUCAAUCACUCCGACUCGUUCAACCCAGCAGUGCUGACGCUACAGACUCGGCGUGUGAUGAAGCGCAGCGCGAGCCGUGAAAAGAGACGCUAGAAACAAGAAACAAUAACCUUUUUCGGAACGGAACAAAAGGCACAAAAGCUCCCGACGGCGGCAGCAGCAGUAGCAGCGAUUAAAGGAAGAAAAGCGAAUUUUCUACCCAUUUUCACAAUGGAUCCACCGAACUGGAUACGAGUGACUGCUUUGGGCCGACCGAGAGCAUUGCCACGUUGCGGCUAGUCGGCCGUCUCCAUCCCACCGAGCUACCGCUGUGUGCUACUGUCUCUUUCCCCGUUUCACCUACGCAUCACUAUUUCUUUCCUUCUUCGUCUGGCCUAUCACUAUCUUUCCGGCGGUCUCACACACCAACAUUAAGUGAGAAAAGAAAGGCCCUCCAAGGAAAAAAAACAAAGAUAGCAAAUCAGUGGGAGAAGGGAAACAAAUUCAACGCAAACGCGGGCGAUACAAAACCCUUCACCAUUUGUACAACACUGUGCGAAGCACGCGACGACAGCAAACACUCCCGCUCCCGCUAAAGACCUAGGCCCGAUACAGACGAUCGCCCAUCCCGACGGUCAACGCAACAGCAACUGGACCAAAUGUGUAGCAGCGGCGGCAACAGUAGCAGCAGCAGCAGCAGAAGAAGCAGCAGCAGCAGCAGUAGUAGUAGUAGUAGCAGCAACAACAUCCGCACAAACACCAGCCUGGAUCGGCGACGACGGCUAGCACAGCUGACAAAAUGGUGCACCCUGUUCAUCAUUUUAGAGUCUACGAGCGUUGGAAGCGGUUUGAUCACACCACCCAGUAGCAGCACCACGCCCGCCAGCACUGUAACAACCACCACCAGUAGCAGCAGCAGCAGCAGCAGCAGCACAACCACCACCACCAUCAUCAACACUAGCGGCAGCAGCACUGGCAGCAGUUGGCUCGAAAGUACGAGUCCCUCCAGUGCCAGCGGCGGUCCGUACACUUCGCCCUCAGCCACCGCGCUUCCUGGGUUCGAGGCGCUGCCCCGGUUCGAAGCACUCGUGCAGGACAGCCCCAACAGCUCCCGGGGCAAAACGCUCCCGCUGGUUGGUUCGGGUGCGCUCAAGGUAACGCCAUCCCAGCCGGCGCUCGAGGGAAGCAAGCGUGGCCCGGCUGGCAGUAGUAAUAGUAACCGAGACGGCAGCAGCACCACCACUACCAGCGGCUAUGACUCGCCCUCUUCCCGAAGGACACCACCGCUGUCGAAGGUGGUGGCGGCCACGGGUACCACCAUCGCACCGGUUGGAAUGGCCGCUGCAGGCAGCAGUAGUUUUAGCAAAAUCUCUAGCGCCAAUCUAAUACUCGCCGAGAGCGGCGGUGCCGAGUCGGCCAAGAUUGGACCGGGCCAGAAGGUGCCGGUGGGAUUUUCGGGCAGCAGCAGCAGCACCGGCAAGACUGCAGUGGCCGGAAAGUCGGCCGGUAGUAGACCGGUGGCCGCGUCGGAGCAGGAACCGAGCGGUAACCGGCUCGAGGGUGGCGAACUGACCACCACACCCGAGGGUAAUUUCAGCAAGAUGUACUUUGAAACCGAUAACCACACGACGAUCGCGUCCCAGGUCGGCUCGAUAGCGGUGCUGCCGUGCGCGGUACGCAACAUCGGCGAAGGCGUGGUGUCAUGGAUAAGGCGGAAAGAUUAUCACCUGCUAACGAUCGGCUUCACCACCUACAGCAGUGACGAGCGGUUCAACAUCAUCCACUCGGAGGAUACCGAGGAAUGGCCACUGCAGAUCAAGUACGUCCAGCUGCGGGACGCCGGGCUGUACGAGUGUCAGGUUUCGACCCAUCCGCCGACGUCAAUCUUCGUCAAGCUGGACGUGGUUGAGGCAAAGGCAGAGAUUUUUGGACCGUCGGAAAAGUAUCUCAAACCGGGCUCGAUGCUCCGGUUAACGUGUCGCGUCGUGCAAAGCAACGAGCCACCGCUGUACAUAUUCUGGUAUCACAACAAUCGCAUGAUUAACUACGAUGCGCACCGGGGCGUGAACGUGUCAACGGAGGCGGACAAUCGGUACUCGGAGCUUGUCAUUUCACACACGAAUACACUCAACUCGGGGAACUAUUCGUGCGUUUCGAACAACGCUGUCGCUGCUUCUACGCUGGUGCAUAUUCUGAACGGUGAAAACCCGGCCGCCAUGCAGCACGGUGACCAUGGGAAUGCGGUCCUGGUGGCGUCACACAUUCAUCUGCCGCUGGCAGUUGUAACAUAUCAGGUCAUCAAUUUCGUCUUAAAUAUGCAUUGAGUUCACUGCACAAGGAGGCCAGCGAUGCCAGCGACUAAAGCGCCGCUGUACGUAGAACGGCGGAUGGGACGGAAGCUGCAAAACAAAAACUGCAACACACACAUACACACACAGACAAACAGAAACAGGUAUGCUGUAGCAUAGUGGGAUGCAAGCGAUAGUCGGACGAAACGUUGAACCUCGAGCAGAGAAAUCUGCUUCCGGUUCCUGUUCACCAGAGAAGCUCGAGCACCCGGGAGGAGAGACUAAUGACAAAACAAAAAACUAGACGAAUACAAAUCGAGCCAUGUUGAAUGUACACAUUAAAACAGCUGACCCGCUCACAGAACCCUGGUGGCAAAGGGGUUGCUGUUUUGUGUAAAGUAAUUACGAUCGACGUUUAGCUCACGGUCGAGUGAGCACAGCGCAACGGAGCGGAUACUCCGUACGUCCGCUGUGUGAUUAAUUAAGGACAGCCCAGCAUGGAACCACGCAUUGUACAUAUAGGUAAACGAAAUGGCAUAAAUCAAAUUUAACGUAGCGUUUGAUGUAACUUUGUAUGGUAUUUGUAAAAGCUAGUAAAUAAAAUUAAAAAAAAACUACAUCAGAGCUAAAACUGGCAGGCGUACCCGAUUGCCCGAUUCGUUUCCAACAUCAUUCCACAUCCCACGAACGAAACAGAGGUAAAUUUUGUUUUGGUAGUAACGCAAACUUGAAUUAAGUUUCUGCAUGUUCGAUUUGCGUCAUUUAAUUUCACUUCUAAAGCUUUUCAUUUAACAUUUAAAAUUAGUUUACCGAGGUAAGCCAACAUGGAUGGAAUAUUUAAUAGAAAACCACUCUUUCAAGUCAAGCUGAGCGGGACGGUACGCAUUUAAAACACUAAUUAGAGGGAGAGAACAAAAACAAAACACUCCUUUUCCAUGACGAUGGAGUAAUGCAGAUAAAGUACGAAACUCGUAACUAAACGGUAAAGGAUGCGCUGGAACAGCGAGAUAGGUAGGGAACGAGAACGAUGAAAAAAACACAAAACCCCAACUGUAAAACCCAUUUGCCCGUCUUUGAUGAGCGUUGUUUGUGAAGAAUAAACGUUGAAAAUGAUAAACAAAAACUCUGUUAGCUAAGUGUAGAGUCGGUGCUGGUUGAAUAAAGCAAAAAAAAAAUGAAAAAAAACCCCACAAGAAAACUAACAUUCGAAAGCAAACCAACAGAACUACUGAAAGCAUUCUUUCUCAAGUAAAACUACACUACACCGACACACACACACCC